ACAGCGGUGGUUAGGUGCUUGAAAAUCGGACAAAAUGAUUAGGAGAAGAUGACUGGUUUAUCAAUAAUACCUUGUGCUUUUAGUUUCCGCAAUCCCCUUUCAGGCCCACCACUACUUGUUCUCCCUCAUCUUCUCUUCCAAAUUCCAUAUAGGCUCUAUAGCUAAGGCAGAACAAUUAAACUCAAAAGUCUUUCAAACAAGUCAUUGCAUUACCUUCAUUUAGUUUCUUCUGAAAUUGUAGGAAUCCUCUAAGAAUGGCUACAAUUACAAGCAUUAACCCUCAAUGUAAGGCCUGUGAUAAAACUGUCUACCUUGUUGAUAAGCUCACCGCCGACAAUAAGGUUUACCACAAAGCUUGCUUCCGUUGCCACCAUUGCAAGGGCACCCUCAAGCUUAGCAAUUACAACUCCUUUGAAGGGGUAUUGUACUGCAGGCCGCACUUUGAUCAGCUCUUCAAGCGAACUGGCAGUUUAGACAAAAGCUUUGAUGGCACUCCUAAAACAAAACCAGAAAGAACUGUAGACACAGAGAAACCUCCAAGCAAAGUGUCUUCCAUGUUUGGUGGAACUAGAGAUAAAUGUGUGGGAUGCUCCAAGACUGCGUAUCCAACUGAAAAGGUGACGGUGAACGGCAGUGCGUACCAUAAAAGCUGCUUCAAGUGCUGCCAAGGAGGAUGCACAAUAAGCCCCUCUAACUACAUUGGCCAUGACGGACGUUUGUACUGCAAGCACCACCAUGCUCAGCUCAUCAAGGAGAAGGGAAACCUUAGCCAGCUUGAGGGUGACCUGGAGAACUCAACUAAAACUAGACAAGUAUAAUUAUUAUCACUCUGCUCUUUGUCUUUCUUUUCUUUUCAUGCCUUGUAUGUCAGACAUCAGACCUCCAUUUUCUCAACAGUUUUAGAUUCCAAUAAAAGAGAUCCAAAACAUCCAAGUUUGCUGUUUUUUAUAGUUAUAAUUUGUUGACUUGUGUUGUGAUGUUGUGUCAUGUUAUGCAAUAGAAUGUACGAUAAACGACAGUGCACAAUUUCAAUCAAGUUUUGAAAUUACCAAUA